AUGAAUCAGUUUAUUUUAAGCGUAAUGGAAAGCCAAAGCGCACGAAAAGAACUCUCUCGUUGGCCAUCGGCGUCAAACGUUAUUUUCAACCAGGCGAUCAUCGAAGGCGACGUGGCGAAGGUGAGAUUUUUGUUGAAAUACGGUGGGAAACAGAUUGCGCUCAAUGAAAGGAACAAACUCGGUUUGACUCCUUUACAGCAAAGCUGUGUUGACGGUAAUCUUUCGCUAGUGAUGUUACUUCUUGAUCAUGGAGCUGAUAUUGAAGGCAAGGACACAAAUGGCUGGACGCCGCUUCAUUUCGCAAUAAUCGCUGGUCACUGCAAUAUUACCAGUUUGCUUAUAGAUUCAUGUGCGAACUUGGCAAGCGUCGAUGGUAAGGGUCGCUUACCCAUCGAUCGUGCUCAGACUGAAGAAAUGUUGGUUUUGAUUACACGAGCUAUGGAGAACGCUGGGUAUGUAGAAACAGCGCGUUUGUAUCUGGAAAAAUGGGGUUUACGAUCUCUCUCAUCUGAAGACGAAAUGUCAUCAUCUUCGUGUCAAGAAAGUACUGAAUUUUCUGAAGCAAAUAGUGUUACGGACAUUAGGCAACCUUCGAACGACAAAACGAUUUGUAGUAAAAAUCAAAAUAUUCAAGAUUUCGUUAUGCAAACCAAGUGUGAAUUGGUUUGGUCGAAGUCAUCAUAA